AUGCAUGAAGCCACAGAACCAUCAAACGAUGAAAAAAUGGAAUCAGAACCUGGAAAAAAACUAGUGGCAGCUUCACCGGCCGUCAAAAGUUCCACCGAAAAAGUAGCGGAGGAUGAAAAUGAUGUUUUGCCUGCAGUAGAACCGGCUCAAAAAAUGAAAGAAGCUGAAUCGGAAUUCACUUCGCAACUGGAAACCGAACCUAAACUAGAAAUUAAAUUAGAUUCUGAGCAGGAGUCUAAAAUAGGACUCAAACAGGAAUUAGAACUGGAUUCUAAGUUGGAAGUCCAAACUAAAGCUAAGCUUGGCUCCGAACUGGAAAUGAAGAUUGCCCCUGAACCUGAAGUUAAAUCAAAAAAUGAUUCUGAACUUGAAUCUAAACCUGCGCCAGAUUUGAAAGCGGAGCCCAUUUCUGAAUCGCAACCUGAAUUUAAAUUAGACAUCAAACAGAAUCUCAAACUUGAAUCUCAGCUUGAACCCAAACCAGAUUUCAAAAAGGAGCUUGAUUUGAAACUUGAACUUGAAAAUAAACUGGAAACCGAGCCAGAUUUUGAAAGAUUGCCCGAGGCGAAACCUAUUCAGACAGUCAGUGCGGCGUUUAAAUCUGAGCUGGAGCCAGAGCUCAAACCAGAGCUUAAUCUCGAUGGUAAACUUGAACUCAAAACAGAGUUUGAGCCAACACCCCAACCUGAAGUUAACCAGAAGCGUAAAAUUACACCCAAAUCCCCAGCAAAACAGACAAUUCCAGCAAAUUUCUCCAAAACAGGAAUACAGUCGCCUACCAAAAUUCAAAAAUUGAGCAGACAACUGGAAUCUGACGAAAAUGUCAAGAAACACCGGGAAUCACUAGAAUCAAAGGUGGCCGCACAGAUGUCGCAGAAACUACCAAAUAAUUUUGAUGACGUUCGCGAAUCGUCGCAGUAA